GUACGUGUACAUUUAGAUGGUUAUUGGGUGGGAAAGUAAAACAAUGUGAGGUGAUGUACAGGUGAUGUUUUAAGGGAACCAACCUUAACCAUCCAUCCCAUCAUCUUUGAUAAUGGCAUCCCCUGCCGGGUCAAUAAGGCAGUGCAACACAACACAAUUCUUACCACUUCCUGUUUGGGAUCUCUGAGUCUACACAUCGGGCAAAUCCAUGGGCAAAUCACAAAACGAUUUCGCAAAGCUGAAUGGUCUCAAAAUGAAAACAUAAGCACAGUGCUUACACCCUGACACAGACAAGCAGGGUGCAUCAUGCCGAGCUCCUUCCUGUGGGCUGUUGAUGUGUACGGGAGGGUUUAUUGCCUUUCCACCGCUGGACAGCAGUGGGAAUAUUGCCGCGAUGCCCACUUGGAGUUCAAGCGCAUCACAGCUGUGCAGCAGUGCUGCUGGAGCAUCGCAUGUGACCACAACAUCUACCUGAAUGUCCAUGCCAGUGAUGUGCCCAUCCGCUACCAAGAGGAGACGUAUGAAAACCAGAGGUGGAACCCUGUGGAUGGCUUCUCGGACCGGCUGUUGCCCAGUGACCGCUGGCAGUGGAGUGAUGUCACAGGGCUGAAGCACCAGCCUCUGGGUGAAUUUCAGCUACCCUCUGACAACUGGGAGUGGGAGGCGGACUGGUACGUGGAUGAAAACUUUGGAGGAGAGACCACUGAAAAAGGGGGAUGGACAUAUGCCAUUGAUUUUCCAGCCGCUUAUACAAAAGACAAAAAGUGGAACUCUUGCGUGCGUCGCCGCAGAUGGUUACGAUACAGAAGGUACAAGGCACAGGAAACAUGGGUCAUGAUCCCUUCAGGGGAGCAGACAGAGUCUCUCCCUGACCCGUUUAAUGACAUCAGUUGUGGUGGUUGGGAGAUCACCGAGGAGCCCAGAGGGUGUUUGUCUCUGUGGGCGGUCUCUCUGCAGGGAAAGGUGUGGUUCCGGUGUGACAUCAACCACCAUAAUCCCGAGGGCUCCUUUUGGGAGGAGGUGCCCGUUCCAGGGGAGGUGGUGCAGAUCAGCUGUGGGCCGGGUGACCUGGUGUGGGCUGUCCUGUGGGAGGGUAAUCUGAUGGUCAGAGAGGGCAUCAGCAGAGAUUGUCUCAAUGGGUCAUCAUGGGUCACAGUGGAGUCGCCAAGCCCUGAAGCUGGAGCCGUACACGUAGCUGUAGGUGUGAAUGUAGUGUGGGCUGUCACUAAAGAUCAUAAAGUCUGGUUUAGACGGGGUGUGAAUUCCCAUAAUCCUUGUGGUUCUGGUUGGAUAGGUAUGGUUGGAGAGAUGGUCAUGAUCAACGUGGGCCUCAACGACCAGGUGUGGGGCAUUGGUUUUGAAGACCGGGCGGUGUAUUUCCGUCAGGGUGUGACUGCCAGCGAGCUGAGCGGGAAGGCCUGGAAGCUUGUGUCUGUACCCAGAGAUAGUGACCGUUCCCAUUCAAGCGCCAGUGCUAGUAGCCUUCAGAGCGCUGGUUGUUUCUUUGGUGGUGAGGUGCGUUUGGAGUCCCAAGCAUCAGUGUUGAGUGAUGCGGAGCCUGAGACUGAAAAAGCUGUGGGUGGAGUUGACCCAUCUCUUGAAAUGGGAGACAGCCCUAAACCACGCAUCCCCAAAGUGACCAGUGACAGCUUCAUCUCUGAGCUUGUGUCUGAUCGUGAAGGCCAGAUCAGUCGUCGUGACGUCCCCCCAGCUGGCCCAUCUAUUCCUGAGGAGGAUCAGCCAGAAAAAGAGGUAGAGGACAGGGCAUCCCCAGCCCAGGUUCUGUCUCCUAGCCAAUCAGGUGGGCUGAACCCUCAAUGGAGCAAUGUGGACCUGGAGGAAGCCCAGACGCACCUCUCGCCCGGACCUGGAGGAGUAGACGCAGCUGAAACCUGCAGCUUGUCCUCUGUAGCAACCUAUAACUUGGCCCUAGAGGAGCCUUAUGGGCCAGAUGAGCAUCCAAAAUGGGCUUGGGUCAGUGGCGGGGGAUGUUUGGUCGACUGUCACUCACAGCUCAACUGGUUCCACUCAUCUACAUCCACAGCCCUGAACUCCUCCAUGCAGGCCAUGUCUCUCUCCAUCACACCUGCUCAAACUGCAGCAUGGCGUAAACAGAUAUUCGAGCAGCUCAGCGAGCGCUCCAAGAGAGAAAUGGAGAAUUUCAUGCAUUAUGAGCAGGCCAUUGAACAGUCUGUGUGGGUGAAGAAAGGCACCAUGCAGUGGUGGCGAGACUGGAAGCCUCAUAAAUGGGUGGAUGUUCAGUUUGCAUUGGAACAGUUCUCAGGAGCAGAGGGCAACAAGGAUGGAAUUCUGUUUAUCUACUACACCUUUAAUGAUGAGAAGAAGUAUCUCCACGUGUUCAUAAACGAAGUGACAAUCCUGGUGCCAGUAUUGAAUGACUCCAAACACACAUUUGCUAUCUAUACAGCAGAGCGAACCAAACAGAGAUGGCCCAUCCGCCUGGCUGCUGCCACAGAGCUGGAGAUGUAUGACUGGCUGGCUCUGCUCAGUGUGUCCUGCUGUGACUCUAGAAGCGUUCAGGGCCCUCCAUCCAAACAAGCCAUCUGGUCAGUCACCUGUAAAGGUGACAUCUUUGUGAGCGAACCAACAAAAGACCUUGAGGCAUCUCCCUACCCUACACCAUGUGAUCAGAUGUUCUGGCGUCAAGUCGGAGGGCAUUUGCGUGUUCUUGAGUCCAACAGUCUUGGUGUGGUGUGGGGGAUCGGCUAUGACCACACCGCCUGGGUCCACACAGGAGGCUAUGGAGGAGGCUUCUUUCAGGGUUUGACAAGCAGCACAGAUAACAUCUACACACAGACUGAUCUGAAGAGUGUUUACAUCUAUGAGAACCAGCGCUGGAAUCCUGUCUCUGGUUACACUAACAGGGGUCUCCCUACUGACCGUUACAUGUGGAGCGAUGCCUCCGGUCUGAAGGAGUGCACUAAAAGCAACACCAAACCACCCUCCCCCCACUGGACUUGGGUGUCAGACUGGACUGUUGACUUUGCUGUGGCAGGAGGGACAGACAGAGAGGGCUGGCAGUAUGCAGCUGACUUUCCUGCGUCGUACCACGGAAAUAAAACACUGAAGGACUUUGUUCGCCGCAGGCGUUGGGCAAGAAAGUGUAAACUCACAACAACCGGCCCCUGGCAGGAAGUCCCGCCUAUAGCGUUGAGUGACAUAACAAUCUUGCCUUGUGGGCCAAAGAGCACAGUGGAACAGGUGCCAUUAUGGGCCAUCAGCAACAAAGGAGACGUCUUGUGCCGCUUGGGUGUCACCUCACUGACACCUGGGGGGUCCUCAUGGUUGCAUGUGGGAACUGACCAGCCUUUCAAGUCGAUUUCCAUAGGUGGCGUUCACCAGGUUUGGGCCAUCGCUAAGGAUGGCUCUGCGUUCUAUAGGGGCUCUGUGUCCGCUGAGAACCUGGCAGGAGAUUGCUGGUACCACAUCCCCUCUCCAACCGGACAGAAGCUUAAACAGGUGUCAGUGGGCAGGACGUCUGUAUACACAGUGGAUGAAAAUGGUAACCUGUGGUACAGACAUGGUGUGACCCCCAGUUACCCUCAGGGCUCAUCGUGGGAGCACAUCUCCAAUAACGUGCGCAAAGUGUCCGUUGGACCUCUGGACCAGGUGUGGAUCAUUGCCGAUAAGGUGCAGGGCAGUCACAGUUUGAGCUGUGGCACUGUGUGUCGCCGGCUGGGGGUGCUGCCGACGGAACCAAAAGGACAUUCGUGGGACUAUGGCAUUGGGGGUGGAUGGGAUCACAUAACAGUUAGAGGAAAUGCAAUAGAGGCACCUCGUAUCCUGAUGUCGUCCCUGACUGACAAUGGAAGCAACCGAACGGCAACACGCAGUCCACUGCAAACCGGUGACCAGCCAGAGAUGAACGGAAAUCCAGUGGGCUGUUAGUCAAACAGCUGAGCUCUUCAUGCUAACCAUCUCUAACUGUAGCCAUAAUUGUAUCCUUGCUGUAGUACUUCUGUUGUAUAGAGCAACAGUUAAUCAUUUCCAAUCAAAAAAAAAAAAAAA